CGGGGCACAUGUGUUUUUCAUAUCCAAUUUAUUGUUUUUUUUAAAAGUCCAUCCUUUUCCUUUCCUUUCCCUUGAAGAGGAGAUUCCACUUUUCAGCUCACAUCCUUUUUUGUUUGUGUGUCUGCAUUCGCAUCUGGCCCAUUGUCAUCAUCCUUCUUUUUCAUCUUUACACUUCUCUCUUGAUUCAUCCUUAUAUCCUCAUCCCUUACAACACUUCCUUACAUCGCAACUCCACAGCCUAUCCCGCUCCACCUCAUCAACCUCAUCUUUAUAUUUUUACUUCUCCACCUCGCUUUUUCUUUUUUAGUGCCAUUUUCUGAAAUAAUUUUCGCCGCCCCGUUCUAAAAAAAAAAUAAUAUGCACAGGCAUAACGAGGACAGACGCCCCUCCCAGGUCUCUGCACACUCUGCUGCACACUCCAGGGCCCCAACCCCUGUUGCUGCUGCACCAGCAUCCUCCGUCCUGCAGUCGCCCUCCCAUACACGCUCCAAAUCAGCAUCAGCAUCAUCCUCACCCGAUCACUUCCACUGCUUCUCAUCAUCACUCCACUCACAGGACUCGCCUUUCUCUCCAGAGCGGUCUGCCCUCCCUUCCUCAGGGCUACUGGACCGUUACUGUCUAUCUAAUAAUGUAACACCAGGGUCCUCAGCUCGCACCUCCACAACGGCCACCACAGCACCUGCAGCACCAGUCAUUGGAGGAUCAGCCCUAGCAGCAGCCAUGGGCAACAGCAGCAACAACAGCACUCCAAGAGUAUCCUCAGCACCGCCAGUCUACGAGCACAAGCGGGUCUCACAUCGAUACAGUGCCUCGCCAGCAUCAUCUUACACCGCAUACUCCUCGGCCCUGGCGGCUUCAUAUCACCAGCAUCAGCAACAGUUGCAACGACAGCAACACUCUCAUUCCCUCAGUCAUACUCAGUCAACCCAAUCAACCCAGUCAACCCAUACCCCUAUGAACUAUUCUAAUUCUAACCUCUACAGGAUCCACUGCAAGGACCAUGGUUAUGAUACUGCACACCAUCAUUACCACCACCAGACCAAUCGCAGCAGGAGUGGUAGUAAUAACGGAAGCAAGGCUAAAAGCGACAUCUGCAACGACUGCAUCUGCAGAGCUAUUGGCAAAUGUAAUAUUAUCAACAGCAGUAACAAUAAUCGUCCCAAUCGAUUCAACACACCCCCUUCCCCUUGCUUGGGCUCCCUUGAUCCUGCCUGUCAUCAUCCUGGUCAGAUCACAUCGCACGACUGCUGUUCAGCCUUGCCGUCCCCCUCGCUCAGCGUAUCCUCAACGGACUCUAUCUUCUCUUCAGCAAGCAGUAAUAGCAGCGACAGCACCAGCAUGGCGCACUGCUCGCCUAUUCUUCCCGACACGAUCUCUGCGCUCUUAUUACAGGAUAUCUCCUCGUCAGAGUCCUCAGUCGCGUCGUCCCCGAUCCUUUCAUACUGCAGCAGCCCAAGGAUGAUCUCCUCUCCAUCUCCAGAAUCAUCAUUGUCUUCAUCUCCGUCUCCUUCGCCACCACCGUCUGCAGCAGCCAGGAGUAAACGGACGGAAUCCAUGGGAUCGAGGACCAGCCAGGCGAGUGGAAUCAGUCGGACUUCGUCGUCGUCUGGGGGUUUCGGUCGACAGGAUUCGUAUCUCUCGUCGUCAUCCGCACCGUUAUAUUCUCCCCCUUUAUCGGCAGCAACUGCAGGAGCAGGAGGUGUUAAAAGGAGGUCAAUGAUGAUCACUCGCUCGUCCUCUCCACUGUCUCGGACAUCUUCAACCGCAAACCACCGCAACAGCAACAUCAAUACCAGCAACAACAACAACAGCAGCAGUACAGCUGCCAAAUCUGCGACAAAAGCAGCUGUGGACGCGUCACCGGUGAUUUCGCUUCAGGCGCAGGUGGAGAGCUCGACGCGGUAUAUCCGGUUCUUGCUAAUUCCGCUGAUCUCACUGUUGUUCUUGGCUCUGGGAGCGCAGACCUCAGUCAAGUUUGAGACGCCGGCGAAAUAUGUUGCAUAGUUGCCUUUGAGAUUUGCUGCAUCGCCCACUCAUUAAAGAGAAAAGACAAUGUGCUCUUGUAC